GUGAUGAUGGGCACUCCUUCUGUUCCUCGGGGACAGGACAGCCCUAUGGCCCUACAUUCACAACUGGAGAUGUCAUCGGUUGCUGUGUCAACCUCAUCAACAAUACCUGCUUCUACACAAAAAACGGCCACAGUUUAGAUCCAUCAGGACCACUGUGUAGGAACUGUUUUCUUGGCCAUCACAAUUUCUGGAUGUUUUGGUUGGAGCUAAGUCUUGAACUUUGUUUGGAGACGUCACAUGAGAACUGUUUGACAUCGUAUGUAGUCUUAAUUAUCUGUUCUGGAAAAUGUCUUCAAUGUCUUCUUGGCUGCUAUAAUUAAAUGCUUUUGACAAGUUCUGAGCAGAGUCCUGGCAAUAAAAAAAAAUGAUGCAGUACGGCUAGGAGUGUGGCAAAGGUGAAUUAGGAGGGAAAGAGUGAGAACUAUGGGGGUGUAGCCAUUAAGCAAACUGCCUUGGAUGUAGGACGUGGUUAGGGAAUGUGACUACUGUAGGCUUCUGUGGUUCCAUGGAUGUACGAGUGGGACCGAUGUACGAGUGUUUCAAAUCCAUGACUUUGACAGCAACCCAGCAAAUGGACCAGUGAGGCUAUAGAAAGAAGCCCUGGCAUAGAAAAUGCCCUGUGGUCUGUCUGAAUUCAAGUGCAGAUUCUUGGAAGACCAAGUUACCCGUUUUGCCACCAGUUUAGAGAUGAACAGGAACACUGGUGAAAAUGAAGCAAGCUGUCACAGGGACCCACAGAUAUCCUUCCCAGUUUAACAGGUUUGUUCUCAAACCAAAUUUCCAGAGGGGGAGAGCACUGAGAGGUUUUAAACAAGACUUUAAAACAAGACCAAAUUUAAAAUGAAGGAAAAUACCAAACGCAGCUGCAGCCUGGUUUCUCUGUAAGAACUGUUUUACCCAAGUGGCUCGAUGGGGUGGUGAAUGUUUCCAGGACUGCGUCGAGCUAUGUGGCCAUAAUAACGCUUCUCAACAACUUGCAGCAGUAUUUCACAGGCUGAUAUUUCAUAAUCUAGUCUUUAAGGUGCCCAUCUUGCUGAAUACGUUGUCAGUUAUGGCAGUCCGCAGCACAGCUGGUGGAGGUGAAUGCCAUUUUAUCACUGCCUUGAUGAUCAGGUUGACAUCACGGACCUGUAGGAGAGGCUCUUCACACACUGGUUGUUGCUUCGUGACCUCUUGAGCUGUCCAGUUCUUAUGUCUUUAAAUUUCUAAUGUUUGUUAUUUCACAUUGGAUCCAGGCUUUGGAAGUGCUGCAGAGAGGGAGUGCAGUUUCAAAUUCAUCUGCCUAGUUAGAGCUGUGAUUCUUUUGCUUUCUGCUGUUGACUUUGUUGGAUGCAGGUAUGUAGCAGUACAGGUUCAGAUAUGUUUGUGCAACAGAUCUAGAUGUGUACGUUUAAAACAUUUUACUGGUCUUAGUUUCGUAAUAGAGGGCACUAAACAUAUAAAUGCCUUAAUUUAAAGGCAGUGUAAUAAAUUUAUUUGCAGAACCAUAGAGCAGUUUACAUUGGGAGGGAUCUCUGGAGGUUCUGGAGGUCAUGCAUUCACCUCCCUGCUGAAAGCAGGGCCAACUAGGUCAGGUUACUCAGAAACUUGGCAAAUUUUUACUGUCUCCAAGAAUGGAGAUCCCCAGGGGGGCUUUUCUGGUCCCCUGCUUUAGUGUUUGACCACCUUCAUGCUGACUUUUUUCCCUGCCUAAUAUCUAACCAGAAUUUCCCAUGAUACAACUUGUCUUUUUUUCCUCCCAUCUCCUGUUAUCGUACGACUCGGAGAAAAGUCUGGCUCUGUCUUUUCUAUUCCCUCCCAUUAGGUAGUUGGAGGCAGCAAUAAGUGUCUCCCCUGAUGUUUUAGACCAAACAACCCCUUUUUUCCUUCUUGUUGGCCUCUUCUGGACUCAACGCCAGCAGAAGAACUCUUCAGAUGCUUUUUGCUUUUGAGGUUUGUGCCAGAUCCUUUCUGCAGCCUGAAGAGCAGUACGUCCUCCAGCGUGUUGUCCAUGCUCCUGGUUGGUACCUGUGAGCCUUCUGAGAGCAUGUACCCUCCCGUCAUGCAGGUCACUAGUGAAGAUAUUAAACUGUGUUGACCCUGGCAUCGAUCCCUGAGGGACAACACUUGGACUUAGUGCUGGGGCAACACUUGGACUUUGUGCUACUGACCCUUCAUUGCUGACAAUCCAGCCAAAUUCCCACCCACGUUAUAGUCCACUCACAAGUUGUAUGUUUGCCCGGGUGCUGGAUGAGAUGCUGGAGGGCAGGGGAGGACUCCCAGAGAGGAGGUUAGCCUCAUUCUUAUCUAAGGGUAGAAGCAAGGUGUGAAGCUUAUGCCUGUGGUGGGGAGCAUGUUGAAAAUGGAUUUAGGGCAGGACAUGCACAACGUGCAAAGAAUAAGUACACAGAGAGAUAGACGAGACAAAUUGCCAUGAUGUUAAUUAAACAUUAUUGGCUAUUUAAUCUAAAUCCAGGAUUUUUAUUUUUUUUUCUGAGCAUUUGAUUUUGGACCUGUGCUGUUUCAAAUGGUAAUUGUUUCCUAUGUUGCCUCCUAAAACUCGUUUAAAUGGCCAUUCCAGGCUCAUCCGGUAUCGCUGCCCAGAGAGCCCCAUCCCUGGAGGUGCCCCAGGCCAUGGAUGGGGCUGUGGGCAGCCUGAGCUGGUGGGGGGCAGCCAGCCCAUGGCAGGGGGUUGGGACUGGGUGGGCGUUGAGGUCUCUUCCAACCCAACCAUUCUGGGAUUCUACGAUUCAUUGCAGCUCUUGUUCUACUGGUUGACCGCCUGAAAUCUCCCCGUAAAACAGCCAUAGCAUUAACAAAUGAGAAUGGUGCCCUCUUGCUUUGAUGCAGGCUGUAGUGCUUUUCAGUGCACCAAAGAAGGGAUGGCUGAAGUGGGACAUGGGUUAGAGCUGCAAUGGAUCCUGCUAUGAGCAGCUGUGAUUUCUAGUAGGUUUUGCUCCGUAUCUCUUCCCAUAUGCCAAAGUGAACAAAAAGGGAAACCGUGCACUUCUGUUCCGUUGCUUAUAUUUGGAACUGUAACAGCAUCAUGGAGGAUGAAGCUGUUCUUUGCACAGUAUUUCUCAGGUGCUCCAGGCUGCAGCUUGGUCCAGUGGCAGAAACAUUCCCCAGCUGUAAUGCAGAGCAUUGGGAUUUUCAUUCCUGUCUGACUGGCUGGUAAGGAGAAGCAGCUACAGACCAACCCAAAGCAACGUGUAGUAAAGCUCUGUUUCUAAACACAAAGUGAGCCUGGAAAAGUAUCUCCUUCAGAGUAACAGAGGGAGAAGCAAAGCAGAGCAAAGAGGAGCUACUUUGGUGGAAAAUUAAAUUUUAAGGAGAGAUCUCCAAAAAAUGUAGGCUUUUCCAUGAACCUUUCUCUAGAUCCACCUUCUCCAGAGGAGUGGGCUGGGGAGGGAAGGUUCUUCUCAAUAUGGCAGGUGGUGAAAGGCAGGAUCAGAGGUGGGAUUGAUCGAGAUGUAGUAACUUUUUGUAGCAUGAGAUGGAUGUUGUCGAGCAGGGAAAAUAUCUUUUGUCUUUUUAAUUGUAAUAUUUUUCCCCCCACAGGUAUAGCCUUUACAGACCUCCCUUCAAACCUCUACCCUACGGUGGGCCUCCAGACUCCAGGGGAGAUAGUCGAUGCCAACUUUGGGCAGCAGCCGUUUGUGUUUGACAUCGAGGACUACAUGAGGGAGUGGCGAGCGAAGAUCCAGAGCACCAUUAAGCGGUUUCCCAUAGGAGACAGACUAGGCGAGUGGCAAGCCAUGCUGCAGAAUAUGGUUUCUUCAUAUUUGGUUCAUCAUGGGUACUGUUCAACAGCAACUGCCUUCGCCAGAGUCACAGACACCGCAAUCCAGGAAGAACAGACCUCAAUAAAGAACAGACAAAGAAUACAGAAGCUAGUAUUAGCAGGCCGAGUCGGAGAGGCUAUAGAAGCCACCCAGCAGCUCUACCCUGGCCUCUUAGAACAUAACCCCAACCUGCUUUUCAUGUUAAAGUGUCGGCAGUUUGUGGAGAUGGUGAACGGGACAGACAGCGAAGUACGUUGUUUCAGUGCACGCAGCCCCAGAUCCCAGGACAGUUACCCUGGGUCCCCCAGCUUAAGUCCCAGACACGGAUCCAGCAACUCACAUGUUCAUAGUACCGGAGCAGAUAGUCCUACCUGUAGCAAUGGAGUCAUGUCCACAAAAAGCAAACAGAGCCACAGUAAAUACCCAACACUGAGUUCAUCUUCGUCAUCUUCCUCCUCCUCCUCCCCCUCAUCUGUGAACUACUCAGAGUCCAAUUCUACAGAUUCUACCAAAUCUCAGCAGCACAGUAGUACGAGUAACCAAGAAACCAGUGACAGCGAGAUGGAAAUGGAGGCUGAGCACUACCCCAAUGGAGUCCUGGAAAAUUCAUCCACCAGGAUAGUGAAUGGCACCUACAAACACGAAGAGAUCCUGCAGACAGAUGAAUCCAGCAUGGAAGACAGCUGUCCCCAGAGGCAGCUCUGCGGAGGGAACCAUGCUGCCACCGAGCGAAUGAUCCAGUUUGGACGGGAGCUGCAGAUGCUGAGUGAACAGCUGUGCAGAGAAUAUGGGAAGAAUACAGUGCACAAAAAGAUGCUUCAGGAUGCAUUUAGCUUGUUAGCUUACUCAGACCCUUGGAACUGCCCUGUUGGUCAACAGCUGGACCCAAUCCAGAGGGAACCUGUGUGUGCUGCUCUUAAUAGUGCUAUUUUGGAAUCUCAGAACCUGCCAAAGCAGCCCCCACUGAUGCUUGCCCUGGGCCAGGCCUCGGAGUGUUUGCGACUCAUGGCUCGCGUGGGCUUGGGCUCCUGUUCCUUUGCCAGAGUAGACGACUAUUUGCACUAGCCACCAGAGCAAGAUGGAGCUGACAUCGCUGAGUGCUGCCCUUCACCCUCCGUUGCUGCCACUACAACGCCACCUCGUCCGUAGCCUGACCUUCCACCGACACCCCCUCCAGCACACACACACUGCCUGUGAAAGGAUCUAGUCCCUGACCACGUGGCCAUUCCUGACCCAGGAGUGACUGGCAGACCUUACCCGUCUCCCCGCCACCGCUGCGGCUCCGGCGGCACUCAGUAUUUCGCUGGUUAUUCUAAUGUAGCGCCUUCCAAUGUAGGGGUUUCUCUUUGUUUUGAUUUGAGUUGUUUCUCAUGGAUCCACCAGUAUUUUAUCUGGAGAGUUUUGCUGAGCUGGUUUCUGCUGUUUUACGGAGGAGGCUCGUGAAGUUGGUGACGCCUUGUUCUCUUCUUCCCUCCUUCCUCCAUCCGUGCACAUGCAACAUCAUCUUCUGUGCUAGUUACCCGAACUCUUCUCGCAGUGGCAGUUCAGAGGGAAUUUUUUUUUUUUUUUAAUUUUAUUUGAAUCCUGUUUAUUAAAAAGGUCUCUUCCACCUCCACAAAGUCACUGAUGUAUUUAUUGCCCAGAGACUUGGGCUCAGCCACGCACUUCCCACAUCCCCGCGGUGAGGGGUGUCCUGCCACGUGCUAACGAUGGGAAUUGGAUUUGGAGGAGCUUGGUCUUUCCUGUCUUGGUGAGUAGAAGAUUUGGCACUGCCUACGUUAGUGGCCGCACAGCGGAAACAUCUCAACCCCUGAGGAGUGGGUAAAUCUGGCAGCUAGAGGGACAGGGCUAAGCAGCAUGAAGUCAGCUGCCAUACUGAUGGAAGCAGAUGACGGUAAGGAAGGUGGAUGCUGCCUGCUCAGGCUGUUGGUUUUUGUGUUGCAUCACAAAAUCCCUGUUUUUCUCCGUAAAGGAGGGCUCUGCCACUAAGACUCUGCACACCAGUAUUCACAGAGUCCCCGUGUCACACCGAUCUAAAUGAUCACUGCUACAUUUUAUUGUUUUGAGGUUACUGAUUUGAAGCAUGCUCGUCCUUGCAGGGUACAGAUGCUCAGAUCAGGUUGCGGGUUAGGAUCAGUGCUAUCUUUGUACCCAUUCAGAAAGGAACAGCAAUGUUUCUUUGAGGAUUAAGAAGGUGAUUGUAGUUCCAGGUCCAAAAGUGACCAGCAAGGAUCUGUGGGUGAGUAACCUCCAGGUAAGAUGGACAUGAUAAUGUGUCACUGCUGCGGUCCAGGGACUUUGAGUGCUGCUAAGGCAUUCAAACCAUCUGCCAGCAAGUGUUUCUAAGUGUAUUUUGAACUGGUGUACCACGUGAGAAAGAAAGUCAGUGUGAGGACUCUGCGUGUGAGCUGAGAGCUCUGAGAGUUUGCUGCAUUUGCAGAUGUGAUUUGGAGUCAUCCCUAUCCCUGGAGGUGCCCGAUGCCAUGGAUGGGGCUCUGGGCAGCCUUAGCUGGUGAGGGCACGCAGCCCAGGGCAGGGGUUGGGGCUGGAUAGGCUUUAAGGUCCCUUUCAACCCAACCAUUCUGUGAUUUGCCGCUGGAGCAUGAAGUUUGAAAUAAAGGCAGAGCAGGGGAGCAAGUGUCCCCUUGGGGCACAGGUGGCUUUCCUAUUUGGAUGCUUCCUGUGCUGCUGUCUGUCAUUCAGCUCGUUGCCGUCCGGCUGCAGUCAGCCUUCUCUUCCAUCUGUGCAGCAGCACCAUCUUUGUCUCCUUCUGAGUUUUCUGUUCCUUCUUUAUGGGGUACUUUCUGGUUCCUUUAAGCCAAACCUCUGUCAUGGAUCACCCUUGGUCUCCCAGCAAAGCCGUGCUGACUGUCCCUGACCAUGACAGGGCUGGGUCACCUCCUGCCACCAAUGUUGUGCAUCACGCAGUGGCAGGGGAUCCCUACAGCCUUGGUUUUAUGUGUAAAAGCCUCUUGGGCUUUGAGUUCUUGUGGUUGUUCCUUUAAGGUUUGCAUUUGGGAACCUCGCUAUGAUAUCGGUGAGAGUUGAUUGGGUUGUUGCAGUCAUUUUAGAAAAAAAAGUAAGUUAAGUGGAGGUCUGUAAUUUUGAGCGUGGCUACAAUGUAAGUAGAGCCUUCAAGCAAGUUCAGAAAUGAUUUUUAAAAGUGAUUUGGGAUUUCUUAUUUCAAGUGCCUCGUGCUUUGCUCAGAAACAGAUGAAUGAGUGAGGGAGGCCUUAAGAACACCCCGGCUGAGACUCAGCUUUGUCUGGGCAGCCCUUCAGUGUCACUUCUCCUGGGAGUCCAUCAGUAGAGCCAUGUAGGUGAGUGUGUAGCCACUAGCAGGCACCCGCUGGCAUCUCUUCUCCUGGGGAGGGUGACCAGGUCUCAGCUCUGCCCCAGUAUGGUUAGACUGGUGGCACUGGAUGCAGAACCUCUAUCCCAUGAGGCUGGCUGGCACGGAGCUUGUUCUGCUCACUGGUCAGGACAACUUCAACAGACUUGGUAAAAACCUCCUGAGCUGCAGCCCUGCCUAGCGUGAGCUUUGUUUUGAGACCGGUGAAGUGGCCCCUCUCCUGAGAACUUCUAAGAACUGGGGACCUGCAGGGUCUGGUGGGCUCUCAGCUGCACUGGCCUGAGCUGAGCACCAGGGGAUGGAGGUGAGACUGAUGGAGAUGGUGACCAGCACAAGAAUGGCCCAUUCCACGAGCAUUGCUGCUUUCGGUUGUGUGCACCCAGAUUAUCCCCAUCUGCCCACUUAUUCCUUCUGGUUUUGUUGUUUUGUCGUAUUUUGAUUAUUUCUUUUUCACAAUGACAUUUCUGCCUGUCCUCAAGCUGUGCCCUGAUCUAUCCCACGGUCUCAUUAAGGCAUUGUUUCCAUUCUUGAGCUUUGUUCCCAAGACUCCCUUGAACAACUGCAACAACCAGAGCUGGUUUAACCAGCCCUGGGGAACUGAAUUUACCAUUUCCCCUCCGUGGGCAUCAGGCACAGGGAAUAGUCUCCUUGUCGAAGCACACCUUGUUGGGUUGCUGUGGGGCUGCUGCGCUUUGUUACCGGUCUGAACACUCAGGUAACAACACGGUGCUGGAACACACGUUGCAGAGGCUGACGGAGGGCAUGUUGGUGGGGCACGGGGGGUCACGGCAGCUUUGGGGAGGAGAAGGGAGCAGCUGAGAGGCUCCUCCAGAGGAAGCCCCGACUGCUCCCCAUUGCCCUUCCCUGGAUUUGGGGAACGCUGUCCCCGCGGCUCCAGCAGCUCCUUAUCUCCAGGAAGGAGGCUUCACUCCUGCUCGCAAAGCGGUGGGAUUCGCACUCACAGAAAUGUUCCUGGAGGCCGCGCAAAGCUCCGCUGCGUGCUGAGUUCCCCUUUCCUCUGGGCAUCCUGGCAUUGCUCUGUGCAGGGCUUUGGCCGUUUUCUUCCUCUGUGGGCACCGGCGUAGAGAAAAGGAGAAGCCAGGGCAGAUGUGAGGAUAAUAAGGAUUUGUAGGAAAACGUUCAACCCAGAAGCGCGGUGACUCUUUCAAAGGACAGCGCGUAAAUUAACGCUUCCAUGGGGCGCUCCCGUGCCGUGGCUCUCCAGCCACAACCCAGUGGUGCUAGGCCCAGCCCUGCCCGCAGCACAGUGAACUCAGAACUCAGGUAUGAAGUGCUGUGAUGGAGAUGGGGAACGAGGGCUGUGCGGGAUGCUGUGACAGAGCAGAUGGCCGCGCUGGUCAGCGCCCUUGGAGGCUUUCCUCCUCUCUGGCACACUGUCAGCUACGUGGACGUUACACACAUUGUGCACGUUGGUUCAGUGUAAGCAUAGUAUUUGUGAAUUGAGUUAUCUGAUGCUUCGCAUGAAACCUUUAACAAAAAAAAAAAAAAAAUAACGGGGAGGGGAUUUUAACUGAGAAAAGCCUAUGAAAACAUACUGGAAAUAUGGCAAAGAAAUCAACAUUCUGCUGUAUAUCGACAGAAUUAUUUUUAUUAAAAUACACAUCCAUGUGCAA